AUUCUCCGCUUGAACCGCGCCAUUGACUCGCACUUGACACCGACAUCGACCUCGUGAUGGGUAGUGCAUCUUCUCGUCGGACACUGUGCUCUCCUUGGGCAUAUCAUCCAAUCCUCCCAUUUCUGACAGUGACGAGCGCGUUCAAGCUGGACCUCAGCAUUGAUCCCUGGCUUACCCGGGUUCCCGUGACAUCUAGCUCGCGUUGCCGCGACUCGCCGCAAGCAUGUCAAUGCCGGCAACGCAGUCCUCGUCCGACAAUGGAUCCGUAGAGAAAGCUGAGCCCACGUCAUCGCCGCUAGCGCAGAAUGAAGUCGCUCCUUCCCUCCCGCCCAAUGGUGGCUUCGUCGCCUGGACCCAAGUCCUGGGCUCCUUUCUCAUCAUGUUCAACAAUUGGGGCCUGGCCAAUGGCUUUGGCACCUUCCAAUCAUACUACGAGUCGCACCGCCUCGACGCCUACUCUCCCUUUCAGAUCGCCUGGAUCGGCUCCCUACAACUCUUCCUCCUCUUCACCGUCGGCGUCUUCACUGGCCCCCUUUUCGACCGCGGCCAUUUCCGCGUACUCAAUGCCACAGGGUCCUUCCUCAUGGUCUUUGGCAUGAUGAUGACCAGCAUCGCCCAUACAUACUGGCAGACGAUCCUCGCUCAGGGAGUCUGCAUUGGCGUCGGCAUGGGCUUUCUGUGGACGCCCGCUGUGGCCAUCUGCGCUCAAUACUUUACCACGCGACGCGCCAUCGCCAUUGGCCUAGCCGCGUGCGGUACGGCUGUGGGUGGUUUACUGUACCCAGUCAUUUUCACGCAGCUCAUUGACAAGGUCGGCUACGGCUGGUCAGUUCGUAUCAUGGGUUUCGUCUGCCUUGCGACGCUGAUCCCAGUCAACAUCAUCAUGGUGCCCCUCAAGCAGACGACUCGCAGGCGCAGCUUCUUCUCCUUCGGCAUGCUCCGUGAGCCGCACUCUUUCUUCAUGUGUUGGGGCAUAUGCAUUGGCUUCAUGGGCUUGUUCGUCCCGCUCUACUACAUUGGCACCUACGCAGAGGCGGUGGCCCACAUGCGACACUCCCUGGCCUCAUACCUCUUCAGCAUCAUCAAUGGCGCCCUCUCGCUGCGGCUCGUCUUCAAUUUCCUUGCAGACCGAGUAGGAGUGGGCAAUGUCAUUUGGCCAGCCUGCGCUGCCACCUCGAUCCUCGCCUACAGCUGGAUCGCCAUUGACACCGACGGCUCGAUCAUUGCCUUUUGCGUCCUCUACGGCGUUGCGAGCGGGACUUCCAUCUCCCUCGUACCAUCCCUCGUACCCUCAAUGACCGAAGACAUGAGCGAGAUCGGGUCGAGACUCGGCGUCGUCUUCCUGUUCGCGGGCUUUGGCGCGUUAGUCGGCAAUCCCAUCGGCGGUGCUUUGCUAGCCAACCACAAUACGCGCUCGCACUUCUUGCGACUACAGCUUUGGUCAGGGUCGACGAUGGCUGUUGCAGCAGUCUGUCUGCUUCUUUCCAGCCUCUUUUGGAAGAAACAUCUGGCGCGCAAGAUCAGCGAUAUUCAGGCGUAAGCUGUGAUGUAGUAGAGCAUAGCCACGUGGGGAGCAGAAAAUGAGCUCUAAUUGACGCGCCGGUGACGUGCCGGCGGCAGGGUGCAGCUUCGCGCGUCCACGAGAGUCAAGAACAUCUUGCCUUCUUCGCGUCAUCAUGAUGCCAGCCACAGAAGUCGAGGUAGCUAUCAUCGGAGGCGGGAUCAGCGGGCUCUAUGCCGCCAAGCAACUUCAGCGUCGUGGUGUCACCGACCUUGUCAUCAUCGAAGCGCAGCCUGAACUAGGUGGCAGAGUUCUCAGCAC